GUGACGAAGACGGGGAUGAUUUUACUGAUUGGAGAAGUGACCUCCAAGGCCAUAGUGGAUCUCCAGUCAGUGGUCCGAAACACCGUGAAGAAAAUCGGAUACGAUGACUCUUCUAAAGGCUUUGACUAUAAGACCUGUAACGUGCUGCUGGCUCUGGAGCCGCAGUGUGUGGAGAUAUCAGACUGUGUGUUUGAAGGCUGGGACCAGCAGGACAUUGGUGCCGGGGACCAGGUUCGGUUUUUCACCUCUAAUCCUCAGCGUUGUUUAGUUUUAUCCAGGCAGGAUGGUUGUAAUCAGUGACUGUGGUGACAGAGCUCUGACUGAUGGGUCUUAGCUUCAUCAGCUUCUGGAAACAUUUCUGAAUGCCAUCUGUAGCUUUAGCUAAUCAUGGGUUUC